UCCGGGCGCCCAGGCGGCGGUGGCGCCCGGCCGGCCCUGCGGCGCGGCCCCGGCCGCCACCUCCUCGCUGCCGCGGGCCUCAAGAUGAACUCGCGGCUGCGGCACUGGAGGGGGGCGGCCACGCUGCUGCUGGCGGCGGGCUCGCCGGCGCGGCAGCCGCGCUCCCCGCUCGGCCCCUGUGACUACGAGCUGCUGCUGCUGCAGCGGAGCAGCCGCAGCGGCUUCAUGCCCAGCGCCCACGUCUUCCCGGGGGGGCUGGUGGAGGCGGCGGAUUUCUCCGCGGAGUGGCUAGGGCUGCUGCCCGCCUCGCCUCAGUGCGGGCUGGGCCUCGUAAAGCCGCCGCCUCUCGGCAGCAGCCGGGCGCCGCUCUUCGCCGCCGAGCAGGAGCGGCUGGGCUCGCCGCUGCCGGGGGAAAUCGCCUUCCGCAUCUGCGCUAUCAGGGAGACUUUCGAGGAGGCGGCAGUCCUGCUGCUGGUGCCGGGCGGCGGGCCGGUGCCGGGCGGCGGGCCGGCCCUUCCGCUGCCUCCGGAGCGGCUGCUCCCUGCGGCGGAGCUGAGCGAGUGGCGGCGGCGGGUGCAGGCGGACCCGGGCUGCUUCCUGCAGCUGUGCCGGCGCCUGGGCUGCGUCCCCAAUAUCUGGGCGCUGCAAGAGUGGAGCAACUGGCUGACGCCUGUCGGCAGGGCCGGCCGCGGCGGGCGGCGCUACGACACGGCGUUCUACCUGUGCUGCCUGGAGGAGCGCCCGCCCCACGCCUCGCAGGACGACCAAGAGGUGACAGCCCUCCUGUGGUCAUCACCUCCAGAAGCCAUUGAACGCUUUAAAUCUCAAGAAAUAUGGUUUGCUCCACCUCAGUUCUAUGAAUUAUGUAGGCUGUGCAACUUCUCUUCACUCCAUGAGUUACACAAGUUCAGCUCUGAUCGAGCUCUAGAGGGAUGUGAACGAUGGAUGCCUGUGAUGUUAACUGCUUCAGAUGGCUAUAUUCAGCUACUACCAGGAGAUGAGUUGUAUCCAGAAGAUCCAGAUUAUACAGGAGAAAAGAAAAUAAUCAUGUCAACAGAUAAGAAGGUUGAAGAUAUCAUGAAAGAGGGUAGUGUAUUUCACAGGGUAGUAAUAAAAAAUAUCAACAAUCUUGCUGUCUAUGUUAAUAUUCAACCAAAAUAUAAACAUAAGAAUCCAUUGAUGAUAAAUUCUGAUUGUACAGGUUACAAUAGCAGAUUAUAAAUUCUGUUUGGUUUAAAGCUAGAAUAUUUUUAAUUACACCCAUAGUCACUGAAGUUUUGGUCCUUUCUAACUGCUGACAAAUAGUCAAGAAAAUACUCCUUUGUCCUUCCAAAGCAUUUUGUGUGUGUGUGAGAUUUACCUGCACCUAAUUCUUCUGAGUUUUUGCAACAGCACAGCUGUGUCAAUUACAAUGUUUAGAGGCUACUGAAAAAUCAGCAUAAUCAACAGUUUAGUUAUUGAUUAAUUUAAAUUCAAUUUGAUGAUAAUUAUACUGAGCCAUUAGCACUUUAUUCUACUUACAUACCAGUUGCAGAAUACGCCGCAACACUGGUCUGUUGGGUCACACAGGUCCUUUUCUCACUGCAAGUGUAAGUAUAUGUUAUGUUCAGAACAAGUCUGUUUUCAGUUGAAGAAUUCUUUUACUAUUCUUCCCAAAGUUAUCAAUUAGACAAAUGUAAUGGCUGUCUAGGAAUUAAUGAAAUCUCUCAUUCUAUGUCUGCUGACCUCUCCCAGUCUAUUCUCUCUUUUGUUUUGGGGAAAACCAGUGUAUAUGUGUAUAUACAGAUUUACUAGCCAAAAUUCACUUUCAUAAAAAAUUAUUAUAAAGUUAAUGUUUAUAUUUGAUAUACCUAAAUUCUUUCCAUUAAUAUCUAUUUAAAACUUUUCCAUUUUCAAAGUUAGCGAUAAAUUAGACAAACUGAGUCAUCUAUCAGAUUGAGUGCAUUCUCAACAUUCUUUUUAUUCAUGGUUAUUUUUAUCUACAAGUUGUUAGCAAUUUAAAAAAUAGAAAAAUAAAUUGCUUAGCUCCAAAAAGAUACCAACUGCAAGGAAUAAAGUACUACCUUGGAAAUGCCCACUUCCCUAUUUCAACAUCCCACACUUCGUUUCUCAACUACUUUAGUAAUUUUAUCUGAGAUUUAAGAACUUCAGAGGAAGGAUUGAUUCUUACGUUUUGGUUUGGAUUUGUUUGGUUUUGUCUUUUUGUGCCAUAAGUGGAGUAAAUGGAGCAAUGAUGUAAGUUGUUCUUGAUCUUGAAGAAGGAUGAAUGAUGACUUGAGAUGAGCCAGUAAAAUUGUUCAGAAAGCUUCGUUUCAUCUUUUGUUCUGUACUUCAAUUAAAAUCUUCUGCACUAUUUUCUUUAAA